AUGGUCGGCGCGACGGCAGGAGGGAUCGCGACGUUUAACGUGCAACACGGAUACGUGGAGGCGCUCGUGCGUGGCUUUCGCUCGGGCUUUCUGGACGACGUCGACUACCACCACCUCACGCAGUGCGAGAGCCUCGAAGAUGUAAAGCUGAACUUGCAGGAGACGGACUAUGACCAGUUCCUGGCAGACGAGUCGCUGGGUACGAUCUCGCCCGGAUUGAUCCAAGGCGGCACGACCAACAAACUUGUCGAGGAGUUCAACUUCUUGCGGGCACAAGCCAUGGAGCCGCUGGGCAAGUUCCUCGACUUUAUCACAUACGAAUACAUGAUUGACAACGUGAUCCUCCUGCUCAAGGGCACUCUCAACGGUCGCGAUGUAAACGAGCUCAUCGGACAGCUCCACCCGCUUGGAAAGUUCGACGAAUCCAUCAUGCGCAGCAUGUGCUCGUUCGAGCCGAACGCCAAAGGCUACUCGGACUUGUACGAGACUGUGCUGAUCGAUACGCCCAUCGGUUCAUACUUCAGUCAGUUCUUGGAAGAAAGUGCAGGUGGAGACCGCAUGGACAGCACGUCGGACGUGCGCAACGUCUUGGAGGAGGUGCAGAUGGAACUCAUCAAGAACAGCAUGCUGAAGUUAUGGCUCGAAGACUAUUACAACUUCUGCCAGGAGAUUGGUGGUGACACGGCUGUCAUCAUGGGAGAAAUCCUCAAAGCACGCGCCGACCGCAUCGCCAUCAACAUCACGCUGAACUCAUUCGGCACGCCGUUGAACGAGCCUGCGAUGCGAAUUUCGGACCGCAAGCCGCUGUAUCCAUCCAUCGGCACGCUAUACCCGGACACGACGGCGCUUUUGGCGGAAGCCGGCGACGAGUCAGCGCUUGGCUCGGCACUGGAGUCGUUUCCAGUGUACCGCAAGAUCUGGGAGGUGCAUCAGGGUGAGGGCGUCGACAGCAAGUCCAUUGACGACGCGUUCUACGAGCGUGACGUCCAGAUGGCUGAGCUGGCGUUCCAGAGCCAAAUGCAUUUUGCUUGCUUCUACGCGUACAUCAAGCUGAAAGAACAGGAGGUGCGCAAUUUGGUGUGGAUCUGCGAGUGCAUCAAUCGUUUGGCUGCGCUCGCACGACGUCAUCUCGCGAGACGGUCGUUCUCCGCGACUCCGAUCUUCAAUAGAGCGGUCAAGCGGCAGCAUCGCAACAACAUUGCGCGCUUGGCGAACAGCGACGAGUACGAGUACCUCAAGGACGAAGUCGCCCGUCGCCUGCUCGAUCGGCUCGAGGACAUUGAGCGCGAGUUCCCGUUGGCGCUGGACUUGGGCUGUGGCAGUGGCCAUUUGUACAAGCAGUUGAGCGUCGACGACAAGCUGGGGGGUAUCGAGAAGCUGGUGCAAUGUGACGUGGCGGAGAGACUGCUCCUUCGUGACGACCUCGAGACUGCUACCUCACUACGUACGACACGCCUGGUGGUAGACGAAGAGUUCCUGCCGUUUCCAGUCCACCACUUUGACUUGGUGAUGAGCUCACUAAGUUUGCACUGGGUGAACGACCUCGAAAGCACAUUUUCCCAGGUGCUAAACACGCUCAAGCCCGAUGGCGCUUUUAUUGGUGCCGUCCUGGGGGGAGACUCGCUGCAAGAGCUACGGAGUGCUUUCAUUCUCGGGGACCAGGAGCGUCAGGGCGGUGUCUCGCCCCACAUCUCCCCGUUCAUGAACGUUGCGGAUGCUGGCAACCUCUUGUCGGCCGCUGGCUUCAGUUUGUGCACAGUGGACACGGACUACAUUCAAGUGGACUACCCGAACGCCUUUGUGCUGAUGGAGCAUUUACGAGGUAUGGGCGAGAACCACGCCGUGAACUCGCGGGGAGCUCCCGCAACGCGCGACUCGUUGCUCGCUGCUGCUUCCAUCUACCAGUCCAUGUUCGGUCAACCGGACGGCACAGUGCCCGCCACGUUCCAAGUCAUUUAUCUGAUCGGCUGGUCUCCUCACGCGUCGCAACAGAAGCCGUUGCGUCGUGGGUCAGCGCAACACUCACUGAAGGAAUUGGGCCACGAGAGCUAA